CGCCCAGAACCCUCCUUUCGGGCAGCGCGGAGGCCGUGAGAGUCCGGGAGCGCUCCGGAUUACGAGAAGAGGAAGCGCAGUUAGAGGGGCCCGAAGAGCCACGGCCGUCGCUAUGGGGCUGGAGGCGGCGCGCGAGCUGGACUGCGCGGCGCUGGGCGCGCUGCUGCGGGAGCCGCGGGAGGCCGAGCGCACGCUGCUGCUCGACUGUCGCCCCUUCCUGGCCUUCUGUCGGCACCACGUGCGCCACGCGCGGCCCGUGCCCUGGAACGCGCUGCUGCGGCGCCGAGCGCGGGGCCCGCCCGCCGCCGCCCUCGCCUGCCUGCUGCCCGACCGUGCGCUGCGGGCGCGCCUGGCCCGCGGGGAGCUGGCGCGGGCCGUGGUGCUGGACGAGGGCAGCGCCUCGGUGGCCGCGCUCCCGCCCGACGGCCCGGCACACGCGCUGCUCUCCGCGCUGCUGCCCGAGACCCGCGCGGGGCCCACGGCCGUCUGCUUCCUGCGAGGCGGCUUCGACGGCUUCCAGGCCUGCUGCCCCGAUCUGUGCUCCGAGUCCCCCGCCCCGGCCAUGUCGCCUGUUGGGGCCGAGAACAGCCGUUCUGACGCCAGGGCUCCCUUUUACGACCAGGGCGGCCCCGUGGAGAUCUUACCCUACCUGUUCCUGGGCAGCUGCAGCCACUCCUCCGACCUGCAGGGGCUGCAAGCUUGUGGCAUCACAGCUGUCCUCAACGUCUCCGCCAGCUGCCCCAACCACUUUGAGGGCCUUUUCCGCUACAAGAGCAUCCCGGUGGAGGACAACCAGAUGGUGGAGAUCAGUGCCUGGUUCCAGGAGGCCAUCAGCUUCAUUGACUCGGUGAAGAACGCUGGAGGCCGGGUACUUGUACACUGCCAGGCGGGCAUCUCACGCUCCGCCACCAUCUGCCUGGCUUACCUGAUCCAGAGCCGUCGCGUGAGGCUGGACGAGGCCUUCGACUUUGUUAAGCAACGCCGGGGAGUCAUCUCCCCCAACUUCAGUUUCAUGGGGCAGCUGCUACAGUUUGAGACGCAGGUGCUAUGUCACUGAGGCAGGGCCGCACCUUGCUGGCUCCCCCAGGGCCACCGGGUCCCUCCGUUCAGGGAAAGCUGCCCCUUCCCUGGAAUUCGAAAAGCCCCCAGCUGGUGGUGCUGGGAAUGUGGGAAUGCUGGACUUUCUCACCUGGUGCUCUUCUGCUAGGUUUGAGGGCUGGCCCUCAUCCCGAGGGACCAGAAUGGAGGGCAUGUCUGCUUCCCCUCGCCCCUCCGUCUUCUGGCAGAAACUGACUGGACUCUACACCCAUGGAUUCCCACUGGUCCCACCACCGUGUUGGAGCCCUUGGCAGCCCGAGAGCUCUAAGGGAACAAGCUGUGACAAUCAGGAGCCCCGUCUGCAGGGGCGGGGGGGGGGGGGGUUCCACUACAGGCCUGGAGUCUGAGCCCUGAGCUCCUGGGGAGCUGGGUGUCAGGGAAGUGACGCGUCUGGGGCGUCCGGACUUCUGUGCUUGCGUGUGCGCACGUGUGUAUGUGUGUGAGUGUUUCACGCCUGUACUGGCCAGGCGCUGGAAAGUUAUUUGUGUUCAGCUGACAUUUAACACUCCCUCCCCCACUUCCUCCCGGCCCUGUGGGCGGGGGUUGGAAACUUAGCACUUUAUAUUUAUACGGAACAUUGAGGAUGCGUCAAUAAAAUAUUGUUUUGUUUAAAAAACAA